GCAGACUCAGGGGACUCUGAGAAUGGAACGGAGCUGUCAUUCCCGGGAGGAAAAGACACCAGCAGGCAGCCUUGCUCUGGAUGGUGGAGUCCGGGCUCCCGGGCAUGGCACUGACUAGCCGACCCGGUGCUGACUUGGCGCCGGGGCACUUUCAGCCUCUGCUGGCAUCCUGCUUCCUCCCUCCUGGGGUGCAGUGGUGAGUCUGGGGGCCUGCCUCCGAGGGCACUGGAGGAGUGUUGCAGGCAUCACCCACGCCCUCUGCACCCACGCUGGAGGACGGGGAGGUUGUCAGGGGCUAUGAUGAGAUGAGCGGGGGCCGCUUCGACUUUGAUGAUGGUGGGGCGUACUGCGGGGGCUGGGAGGGGGGAAAGGCCCAUGGGCACGGACUGUGCACAGGCCCCAAGGGCCAGGGCGAAUACUCUGGCUCCUGGAACUUUGGCUUUGAGGUGGCAGGUGUCUAUACCUGGCCCAGCGGAAACACCUUUGAGGGAUACUGGAGCCAGGGCAAACGGCAUGGGCUGGGCAUAGAGACCAAGGGGCGCUGGCUCUACAAGGGCGAGUGGACACAUGGCUUCAAGGGACGCUACGGAAUCCGGCAGAGCUCAAGCAGCGGUGCCAAGUAUGAGGGCACCUGGAACAAUGGCCUGCAAGACGGCUAUGGCACCGAGACCUAUGCUGAUGGAGGGACGUACCAAGGCCAGUUCACCAAUGGCAUGCGCCACGGCUACGGAGUGCGCCAGAGCGUGCCCUACGGGAUGGCCGUGGUGGUGCGCUCGCCGCUGCGCACGUCGCUGUCGUCCCUGCGCAGUGAGCACAGCAACGGCACGGUGGCCCCGGACUCGCCCGCCUCGCCGGCCUCCGACGGCCCCGCGCUGCCCUCGCCCGCCAUCCCGCGCGGCGGCUUCGCGCUCAGCCUCCUGGCCAAUGCCGAGGCGGCCGCGCGGGCGCCCAAGGGCGGCGGCCUUUUCCAGCGAGGCGCGCUACUGGGCAAGCUGCGGCGCGCAGAGUCGCGCACGUCCGUGGGUAGCCAGCGCAGCCGUGUCAGCUUCCUUAAGAGCGACCUCAGCUCGGGCGCCAGCGACGCCGCGUCCACCGCCAGCCUGGGAGAGGCCGCCGAGGGCGCCGACGAGGCCGCACCCUUCGAGGCCGAUAUCGACGCCACCACCACCGAGACCUACAUGGGCGAGUGGAAGAACGACAAACGCUCGGGCUUUGGCGUGAGCGAACGCUCCAGUGGCCUCCGCUACGAGGGCGAGUGGCUGGACAACCUACGCCACGGCUAUGGCUGCACCACGCUGCCCGACGGCCACCGCGAGGAGGGCAAGUACCGCCACAACGUGCUGGUCAAGGACACCAAGCGCCGCAUGCUGCAGCUCAAGAGCAACAAGGUCCGCCAGAAAGUGGAGCACAGUGUGGAGGGUGCCCAGCGUGCCGCUGCUAUCGCGCGCCAGAAGGCCGAGAUUGCUGCCUCCAGGACAAGCCACGCCAAAGCCAAAGCUGAGGCAGCGGAACAGGCCGCCCUGGCUGCCAACCAGGAGUCCAACAUUGCUCGCACUUUGGCCAGGGAGCUGGCUCCGGACUUCUACCAGCCAGGUCCGGAAUAUCAGAAGCGCCGGCUGCUGCAGGAGAUCCUGGAGAACUCGGAGAGCCUGCUGGAGCCCCCCGACCGGGGCGCCGGCGCAGCGGGCCUCCCACAGCCGCCCCGCGAGAGCCCGCAGCUGCACGAGCGUGAGACCCCUCGGCCCGAGGGUGUCUCCCUGUCACCUGCCGGGACGCCCCCGCAGCCCAAGCGGCCCCGGCCCGGGGCGUCCAAGGACGGCCUGCUGAGCCCAGGCUCCUGGAACGGUGAGCCCAGCGGUGAGGGCAGCCGGCCAGUCACUCCGUCCGAGGGCGCGGGCCGCCGCAGCCCCGCCCGUCCAGCCACCACCGAGCGCAUGGCCAUCGAGGCUCUGCAGGCACCGCCUGCGCCGUCGCGGGAGCCGGAGGUGGCGCUUUACCAGGGCUACCACAGCUAUGCUGUGCGCACCACGCCGCCUGAGCCCCCGCCCUUUGAGGACCAGCCCGAGCCCGAGGUCUCCGGGUCCGAGUCCGCGCCCUCGUCCCCGGCCACCGCCCCGCUGCAGGCCCCCACGCUUCGAGGCCCCGAGCCUGCACGCGAGACCCCCGCCAAGAUGGAGCCCAAGCCCAUCAUCCCCAAAGCCGAGCCCAGGGCCAAGGUCCGCAAGACUGAGGCCCGAGGGCUGACCAAGGCCGGGGCCAAGAAGAAGGCGCGGAAGGAGGCAGCGCUGGCGGCAGAGGCGGAGGUGGAGGUGGAAGAGGUCCCCAACACCAUCCUCAUCUGCAUGGUGAUCCUGCUGAACAUCGGCCUGGCCAUCCUCUUCGUUCACCUUCUGACCUGACCCUCGCCUACCAGAGCCAGAAGUUCCUGCUGAGGACAUGAGGACCGUCUUUUUGCAGUGCCAGGCAGGGUGGCCAAAGAGGACUGGACUCUGGACCCGGAGCCCCGCGGUCCAGUUCACAUUCACCCCACAAGAGUUUCAGGAGGCCUCCCACGGUGCCUGUGCUGGGUGGCGGUGGUGGUGCCAAGAGGAAUGGAAUGUCCUGGGCUCCUUCAGGAGCUCUCUACCCAGGGGCAAGGAGAGCCCAGAGAGAAGCGCCCUGGUCUCUUGAGCUUCCUGAUCUGCUCCUGUCCCCCGCCCUCCUCCACUCCCUUGCCUUUCCCUAGGUUGUCCCCUCCCUGGGCUUUUGUGUGUUUUGGGAGAUGUCACCUAACCAGGACAUUGAUAUUCAAUCCCAUCCCCCUUCCUUCCACUCUGCCCCACUUUGAUUUAAUCCUUUGGCUGUGGGCUGAGGCCUCCCAGGGAAGCUGGGUGGGUGCUGAGACCCCCUCAGACCAGCGCAGAGGCCUGUCCUUGUGCAGUCUGCACCCCGCACCCCCUCCCUUGCCUGUAGAUGUUCUGGGUGACAGGAGAGGAAAUGGACAAGGUCAGUUGGAAUAUCCCAGAACACAGUGCUCUGUCUCCUCCCACCAGUCCAGUUAGCUUCCCUUCUGGACCAAUAGACGAGGGGAGACCCCAUGGAUCCUCUGGCUGGGAAGCGGCUGACCAGGUGGCCAGGGGGCGGGGUGGGAAGAGGGGUUAAGGUACAGUGGUGAUGGCCUGUUUUGGAGUGUGUCUGAGACUGGGAUUGCAUUUGGGGUUUCUCGUGUGCUUGGGAUGCUAGAGGGUCACCUGCAGGAGGCCUGAGGCCGGCCAGAGAAAUCUCCUGUGAUGCCCUGUGAGAUGGCUUGUCUCCUCCCCCAUCAGGGCCCACCGAAAGCUCAGGGGAGCACAGAAGCCCGUGGAAGCCCAGGGAGAUGUCCCUGGGGCAGACACUCAGGCAGGUGUUGAAGACAAGCUGCUUGUCAAGAAGCAUUUCCCGGCAAGAGAGGAGCAAGUCUGGGGCUCCAACUGGGUACAGCCUGGGUGCAGUUAUCAGCCCCUUUGGCUUACUUGGCAGAAGAUGGCUACUUGGAUGUACCUCACUUAAAGAUGUUUUGUACCACACUAGGUCUCUGGGCCCUUGUGUUUCCUGGGGGUGGGGUGAGGGCCAAAAGCUAUGGUUUCCUGCCUCCAGGAGAGUGGAGGGAAGGGGCUUCCAGGCCCCUCCAAGCCUGGGGAAGGACGUGGCAUCCAAGCUGAGCCAGAGGGAACUGCUGCUGUCCUCCCUUCAUUUCUAUGGACCUUGGAGGCUUUGGCUUUGUGGCAGGGCCUCCCCAGGCAUCUCUGGGACCUAGGAGUUUGCUUCUGAUGGGGUUAGCUUUCCCAUUUCCCCUCAGUGCUUGGGAACCUUCUCCCUUAGCUUCACACUUGCCGUUUCAAGCCCUGCUGGGACCUUGUGGCUUGGCUGGAAUCCAGGACUGUAUUUUCAUGGAGAAGAACCUGCAGAUUCUUCCAUCCUCAGCUGGCUGUGGCCCACGGCUCUGCAUCUGCAUCUGCAUCUGAGCUUCUCAAGACUCCUGGAGCAUGAGGGGAAUGGGUCAGGGCCACUGCUCAGUGCUGAUGGGCUCCAGGCUCUGUAUCGGAGAUUCUUGUCCUGUUUUUGUUUUGUUUUGUUUUGUUUUGUUUUUGGCUGGUGCUGGGGACAAGCCUGUGCCUGCCAAAGCUCCCAGGCCAAGUUUGGGGCCUGGUGUUUGGGGUUGGGGUUGGGGUUCAGGAUGCUGCAGUCUGUGCAAUAAUAAACCCGCAUCUGCUCACGG